AUGCCGGUGGCCCUGUUACAGGACUGGUCUAGAGGGGAGCACCUGGACAUCCGGCGGGCCAUGCUAGUCCUGGGAAUCCCCGAGGACUAUGGCCAGGUGGAGCUGGAGGAAACGCUGCAGGCGGCGCUCAGGCACCUGGGCAAGUAUCGUGUGGUCGGCAGGAUGUUUAGGAGGGAGGAGAACGCCCAAGCAUUUCUCCUGGAGCUGGCGCAAAACAUCGACUAUGCGCUGGCCCCCAGGAAAAUCCCAGCAAAGGGGGGUCCCUGGGAAGUGAUUAUACAGCCCCGAAAUUCAGACAGCGAGUUUCUCAACCGGCUGAACCGCUUUUUGGAAGAAGAGAGGCGCUCUGUGUCCGACAUGAACCGCGUGCUGGGCUCGAGCCCUGCCUGCCAGGCACCAGGCCUGACCAUCUCCCCUGCUUUCUGGGCCUGGGCCCAGACCCUGGGGGCGGUGGUGCAGCCUUUGCUAGAGCAGAUGCUGUACCGUGAGCUCCGUGUGUUCUCUGGGCACACAGUGUCCAUCCCUGGGGCGCUGGCCUUUGACGCCUGGCUGGAGCACACCACUGACGUGCUGCAGAUGUGGCAGGUGCCCGAGGCGGAGAAGAGGCGGCGGCUGAUGGAAUGUUUGCGGGGCCCUGCGCUGCAGGUGGUCAGCGGCCUGCGGGCCAACAAUGCCACCGUCUCGGUGUCGGAGUGCCUAGCAGCACUGCAGCAGGUGUUUGGGCCUGUGGAGAGCCGCAAAAUCACCCAGGUGAAGUUUUGCAAGGCCCGCCAGGAGCUUGGAGAGAAGGUGUCUAGCUUUGUGGUCCGUUUGGAACCCUUGCUCCAAAGAGCUGUUGAGAAAAAUGCUAUCGCCCGGAAGAAUGUCAACCAGGCUCGUCUGAAGCAAGUCCUAGGCGGAGCCACCCUACCAGACAAACUCCGAGACCGGCUGAAGCUUAUGAAGCAGCGGCGGAGACCUCCUGGCUUCCUGGCCCUGGUCAAGCUCCUUCGGGAGGAAGAGGAGUGGGAGGCAGCGGUGGGGCCUGAGAGGGCUGAGGAUCUGGGUGGCCAGGUGGCUGGCAAAGGGGACACCUCUGGAAUGAGGCCCUCCCAGAGCUCCAGGCGCCGGCGGGGUCGAGGCCAACGGCGCAGGGGAGGAGUGGCCCGAGGUGGCCCUCCGGGCUCAGAGGAGAGGAAACGCCACUCAUUCUGCUAUGGCUGCGGGGAGGAUGGCCACAUCAGAGCGCAGUGCAGCAAUCCCCCAAACCUGCCUCUAGUUCAGCAGAAGAGAGAGGCUUCCAUGGAGAUGGGAAACGGGAGCUGGGCUUGGGAGCAGGGCCAGCCCAAGCCCAAGCCCAAGUAG